AUGGAGUUAAAGCAAUCCUUGUCCGCCCACCUGGAGGCUGAGAAGCCGCUGAGGCGCUAUGGAGCCGUGGAGGAGACGGAGUGGAAAGCAGAGGGACUGGGGAGAAAUCAACUUGACAUCAUUUCCAUGGCUGAGACGACCAUGAUGCCAGAAGAAAUUGAGUUGGAGAUGGCAAAAAUUCAACGUCUUCGGGAAGUCUUAGUCAGAAGGGAAUCAGAACUCAGGUUUAUGAUGGAUGAUAUCCAACUGUGCAAGGACAUCAUGGACCUUAAACAAGAGCUACAGAAUUUAGUCGCCAUUCCAGAAAAAGAAAAAACAAAACUACAAAAGCAGAGGGAAGAUGAAUUGAUCCAAAAGAUCCACAAAUUGGUGCAAAAGAGAGACUUCCUGGUGGACGAUGCUGAAGUAGAGCGAUUACGGGAACAAGAAGAAGACAAGGAAAUGGCAGAAUUUCUGAGAAUCAAGUUAAAACCUCUAGAAAAAGUAACCAAAUCUCCAGCCAGCUCUCCAGCAGAGAAGAAGGCAGAACCUCCCCCUACCAAGCCUACGGUGGCCAAGACGGGCAUCGCGCUCAUUAAGGAUUGCUGUGGGGCCACCCAGUGCAACGUCAUGUAGCCCGCGGAGGGCUCUCCCGUGGCCUUGGGGCCGCCUCCACCCUCUUCUCUUCAAGCCCCCAUUUCACCGGGGCCCAAAUGAAACAAAAACUUUCCUAGGCAGAAGGGAUGGAAGGCAAGCCCGAUUCUGCCAUUGGGGCCAUGGGCAUGGUGGGGCCCAGCCGUCAUGUACAGAGUGUAGCAAUAGGGAGUCCCUCACUGUUGCAUGGC